AUGGCUGAAAGCACUGCGUUAGAGACCAUUGAGAUUCACCCAAUCAAUUUUCCUCCCGAUGUUCUUGCCAGAAUAUCACCAGAACUGUCUUUACAAAGACAUCUAUCCCUAGGUAUAAGACCAUGUCUAAGAAAGUAUGAAGAAUUUAGAGAUGUAAUUAUAGAAAACAAUACUUUGUCGCGUUAUGUGGACACAGAGAAUGUAGAUGCUAAGAACAAUAUUUUAGGUUCUAAUGUGCUAAAAAGUGGCAAAACUAUAGUGAUCACUUCUAUUACAGGUGGAAUAAUAGAAGAAAAUAGUGCCUCCAUUAAAGAUUUAGAUGAUUUUGGUGAGGACGAAUUACUUGAAGUGACCAAGGAGGACGAUAUACUUGCAGAAUAUGCCUCUGUCUAUCCAGUGGUGGAGGUCGAAAGAGGUAGAGUGGGCGCUUGUACGGAUGAAGAAAUGACUAUAUCACAGAAACUGUACGAUUCCAUACUGCACUCUAGGAUAUUACCCAAAAAAGCUUUGAAAGUAAAAGCAGGCAUUCGUAGUGUGAACGAAGAUGGUACUUUUACUGUAUUGUACCCUGAUGAACUGGAAAAUGGUGCAUUAAAUGGAACAAAUCUAAAAAUGAAAAGAAAGUGGUCAUACGUUCUGUAUGCAAAAAUUGUAGUCUUAAGCCGUACUGGUCCAGUGUUCGAUCUAUGUUGGAAUUCCUUAAUGUAUGCUUUACAGAAUGUAAAAUUGCCUAGAGCAUUUAUAGAUGAACGAGCAUCCGACUUAAGAAUGACGAUAAGAACAAGAGGAAGAAGUGCUACUAUUAGGGAAACAUACGAAAUUAUUUGUGAUCAAACUAAGUCACUACCGCUAAUGAUAAACUUACAGAAUAUUGCAUUUGCCUCAAAUUAUGGGGUAAUAGAGUUAGAUCCCGAAUCCCAAUUACAAGACCCUAACAACGCUGAAGAAGAAGUCGACAUUGAUAUGGACGAUCUAAAAUCUGUGCUGAUAGCGGAUUUAGACACUGAAGCAGAAGAAACAAGUAUUCACACUACGAUAUCCGUCAUUACUACUCCUGCAGGUAACUACAAGCAAUUAACAUUGGUGGGAGCGGGCGCCAAGAUAACCCCAGAGAUGAUAAAAAGAUCAUUAUCGUUGUCUAAGGUAAGGGCAGACGAUUUGUCUACAAGACUAAACAAAUAA